AAUUUACUUUAGGAAUUCAUUCCUGAAUAAUUUCUCAUUGAAGGAAAAAUUGUCUAAGAACCAGAUAUGGCAGAAGUGAAGUCAAUGUUCCGGGAAGUUCUUCCAAAACAAGGGCAGUUGUCUAUGGAAGAUAUAACUACAAUGGUGCUGUGUAAACCCAAACUUUUACCCUUAAAAUCUCUGACUCUGGAAAAAUUGGAGAAAAUGCAGCAAGUAGCACAGGAUACAAUUCAUCAACAAGAAAUGGCAGAAAAGGAACAGCAAACACCCACUAAAUGAUAAUAUCACAUCUAUGGAAUACCCACUUGUACCUAUUAACAGUAGUUGAGAAUACUCUUUUAAAAUAACCUGUCUACUGAAAGUAUGUUAAUAAAGUUGAUUACAUUCACAUAAUACAAAUAACAAAUAAAAGGAUAAAUUUGAACACUA